AUGGAUCAGAACCCUGGUCGCGAGUUCUACAAGUGCCCCAUCAUGAACAGCCGAUUCGAACGUGGGUGUGAUUACUUUAGCUGGGUUGAUAACGAGCCACCGCAUGGAUGGCAGAAACGAGGACUGAUUAAAGCGAGGAACCGGAUCCACACGCUAAAGACGGAGGUAGAAUACUACAAAAGGUUGAAGGAUGAGGCAGAUGCGAGAAUUUGUGCGAACGUCCCUGGAGCUACUGACUCCAAUCUUCUUCUACGUCAUGUUGAAGGGCCACCCGACAUGUAUGGACCGAUGCGAUCUUUGGUUGGAUCAAUUUACCUGCCUAAGUUUUCCUUUGUUUCAAUUGUCAUUGUGGCGACAGCUGGGAUAGUUUUCCUGGUUGCAUAUUAA